GUGUCUCUUUUUUUAAUGAAACUAUUCAAUAAAAUAACUCAUUUAUUUUGGGAUUUUCGUAGCCAACUUGAGAAUUCUGAGCAGAUGCUGGAAUUGAAGAACAGUAACAGCCUACAAAGAAUGGCCUCGUCAGAAUCUACGGACUCAGGUUUCUGUCUGGAUUCACCUGGCCCCCUUAACUCAAGUGACAUCGAGGAAACCUUUGAGAAAACACUUCUGGAAUCUGGCAGAUUUAACCUUCGAAUGCCUGUCAGAAGGAUACGCUCCCUCCCACAGAGGCUUUUGGGUUCCAGUCCUGCUCUGAAGAGGAGCCAUUCUGAUUCCCUGGAUUGUGAUGUCUUUGAGCUACUGGAAUCAGAUGAAAAUAAAGAGAAUGAGUCAUUUGAGUUUAAGAAGCCGACCAGGCCAGCUUCCCGUAGCUGUCUGCGUGUUCGUUCCUAUGAUGAUGGAAAAGAUGUCCUCGGGCAAAGGCACAACUCGGAUCGUGCUCAGAUGUUUCCUGCUGAUGAAGUCCAUGUGGGUGACCUAGAAAUCUGUAGACCUGAUUUUCUGCACCAGUCAUCUCUAACAUCUGCAACUGAAGACCUUGAUGAUGGAUUCCUAGAUAUGUUGGAUGGGCAAGACAUAAAGAACAAUGAGGAGGUGCCCUCUGAUGUAGCAAGCCUUUGGACUGCUCCACUGGUCAUGAGGAAAGCAGAUAACCAGAAGAAGCGGUGCAGACUGUUUGCAUCUCCAUCUCUGUCCAAUGGUGUGGCUAGGACUGCUGUGAAAAGAAUGGAAAGAUCCCAAGAAGACACUUCUCUAGGAAAGAGCAAAAAGAGAAAAAACAUUCCUGCAAUACCUUCUGAAGAAGCAAUGGGUCUGGCACUAGUCCGGAGGCAGUCAUCUUCCUCAGCGGAGAUUGAGACCAUUCUGGACAGUGACCAGAGAGACCUCAUUGGCGACUUCUCCAAGAGUUACCUCUUCCAUACUGUAGAUGGAAAGCAUCAGGACUUAAAAUAUAUUGACUCAGAAAUGAUUGUGUCUGUGCUGACAGGUACAUUUGCAAGCUUCAUUAAGGAAUGUGUGAUAAUUGACUGCAGAUACCCAUAUGAAUAUGAAGGAGGCCAUAUCAAGGGUGCUGUAAACCUCCACAUGGAAGAAGACGUGGAGGAAUUCCUGCUGAAGAAGCCCAUCCCGCCUUCAGACAACAAACGAGUCAUAAUUGUCUUUCACUGCGAGUUUUCCUCAGAGCGGGGUCCUCGAAUGUGCCGGUUUGUGAGAGAGAGAGACAGACUAGGUAACGAGUACCCACACCUGCAUUACCCAGAGCUGUAUGUCCUCAAGGGCGGCUACAAGGACUUCUUCUUAAGAUACCGAAGCUACUGUGAGCCCCAGAGCUACCGCCCCAUGCACCACGAAGACUUCAAGGAAGACUUGAAAAGGUUCCGCAUAAAAAGCAGAACGUGGGCAGGUGAGAAGAGCAAAAGGGAACUGUACAGCCGCCUGAAGAAACUGUGAGGGCUGUUGGGCAUGCAGAUACUGUCCGUUACAUGGGGGGACUUGGAGGGAAGAAAGAUGUAUCCGUUCUUUGGUCGUGAUUCCAUGUACCAGCUCACUUCGUGCGCAUCUUCCCAUCCUUGUCUCAGUUCCUGCAAGUGAGAAGAGAAACAAUGUGCAACUCCUGCAUUCACCAGGCUGCAGGUUUGAACCCUGUCAGCUGUAUGUUGACUGCAAAGCUGACUCUCCUGAAUGUCUCUCUCUGUAGACACAGCUUCUCUUAUGACUACCAUGAAAAGGAAGAUCUGCCCAGUAGCCUGCUCCUUUGGGUGGCUUAAGCUGACCCAUGCAGUACAAGUGUUAAUGAGAGCAUUUUAAUCCCUGUUUUUAAAAUUAUGCCGUGUUUUUUUUUUAUUUAAGUACAGUCAAAUGAAGCUAUACCACUGCUGUCGAGUCAUCUGGACUGUAUCGAGGCCUCUGUUUUCUGAUAAAUGGUGACUUACUGUCAGGGCUCUUCAGGCUUUCCUCUCAGCUGUAGUUCUGACUCUUUUUGUGGCAGUGUAACCAUGCAGUGGUAAAGCAGAAUGAGGAACAGUGCUUCCCAACUAGGUUUUUUACAAAACUAAAAGGCAACACUAUGAGAAGCCUGUCAAGGACAAUCUGAAAGGAAGCUGCUUUAUUGUGGUCUCUAACUUUAUUCUGUGAUCCUGGUUGCUUUAUUUUAUAUUAGCUUUGAGAACUCCGUAGCUGCUUGAUCGAAGCCCCUCUUUCAGCGGGGACAGAAUUGCUGGGAGUUCAAGUAUAUUAAAGGCCAGGUGGAAAUCUGGAUGAAUGCUGCCAAUUCUAGCAGCAACAGGGGCACAGCAUGCUGCUGCUUUCUUUAGGUCUGGACAUUACUGCUGUGUACUUUAAGGUGGGAACCUAACUAUGAGCUAUGACACUUGUUCCAUCCUUAGCAAGCUGAUUUGGCUUAUUUCUGCCAAACAUGAGCUGCUUCCAACCGUGAAACUAUUCUAAAAUAGCUCUUACAGCUGGGGAUUUCACUUCAGGUGUUUGUCCUUCUGGCUUGUCUGUUGCACAGCUGCAGCCAACAAGCUGUCGGCAUCAGGAGGCCCAACUAACACUUGUAAAAGGGAGACCUUUCUGAGGCCAGCAUUGCUCUCCAUUGAAAUAAGCAGUCCUAGGACCUAGCAGUCAUUUGGCUUAACUAGCUAGAGCAGUAGCCAAAACAGGUUCAGCCCUGUCCCUUUGUGGAAAAGUUAUACCUAGCGAAUGCCAAAGCAGUUUAGCAACUAAACAGAUUUGCUUUUUCUUUUUGAGAGAGAUCAAAAUAUGCCUGGCUUGGCAGUGGCUGUACUUCUUUGCAUGCCAGCAUCUUGCCAGUGAAGCUGGCUCUUUUUUUGGGAAGGCUGUCUCAGAGUGGACUUAGUUUCCAUAAGUUCUUAAAGCCCCCCCAGUAUCACCGUAACAGAAGGCUCAAAGUGUUCAGAUGGCAUGAUUUGUACAACCCAGGUCAAUGUGGUAUCAGUGUUGGGAUUGGCGAGGUUUUAUGUUGUCUUGUGUUAUCUUGGUUUUAAAUGCUGCUGUUCAGAUUUUAUUCCUUCAGGUUUCAAAAACAGGAACGUUUUAACCUGAUUCUCUUAACUUUUUUUUUUUUAAGUUAAAUCUCUUCUGGGUAGAUUAAGAAAUGUUAAAUCAAUGUUGUCAAUUACCAGCCAUAUAAUCAAACAGCUGGGAGACGAUUUGCAUCCUGUGCUCUUGCCUGGAGGUGGUUCUUGGGAAUUUCCAGUAGAAGCCUACUGGCGAAAUGACUUGAAGUCUAAACUGUUUGAAUGAUCAUGUGUCGAUGUUAAAUGUGGGAAGGAGAGAGCUGUUCUGAAAUGCAGCCAGCCGUCCAACUGAUGGACAUUGCCUCUGAUAGAAGAUCGGUUACUCUGAACAUGGGUCACUGGUAUGUAUACAAGGCUGGCCACGUAAUGUGGGCCUGCAGCAUGUCUGACCUACACGCUCCUAUGGUGCGACCCAGUGACUACAGGGCAUUUGUGCGUAAUGGCUAAUUUGUAAGCCAUGUGC